UGGAUGUGGAUAUAAAAGAAUAGAGGUAUAGAGAGGUGAGAGACUGAGGCUUUUGAUUGGAAAAGGAAUUGACUGCACGCCUCAGAAAAGGCGAGAAAUAGUCUUGACCAGUGAUAGCAGAGUUACUCCUGAAGGUGGCAUCUGUUUCUGACAGGUACUGCACCUGUCCUCACUGGAGUAGGAGGAGAGAGAGAAACCAGAGAGGGAGAGAGAGAAAGAGGGAGUUUGUCACAGAGAAGAGAGUGCCUCCCGUGAAGUCUGCUCGGUCUGCAGUCUAGCAGGGAGCUGAAACAGUGGCUCUGUGUCACCCUGUCACCUGGAUCCAGAGAGCCCCCCUUCCGCAGUCACACAAGGAGGCGCAAGUCCUGUCACCGAGACAACGGCGAAGACUCAAGGCUGACAGCCGAGAGAAAGAGGCCCCCGCGGGACCUAUUCAGGCAUUUCUGAGUCGGGUUGGCCAGAGACUUGCCUGUCUCUCAGCUUCCGAGGCAUUAAGUGUCACCGAUGGGAACAAAAGCCAUGAAAAAGCGACAGCUCAUUUCCCUGGUGUUCGCCAGUGGGUGAUAGAGGGCUCUGCGUGCAUCGGAAACUGAUGUAAAGCCAAAGGCUGACUCACACUCUCUUCUCUUUACGUGGAAGACAGCACAGGCACAAAAAAAGGAGAGGAACUUUCUGGAACACUUUGGUCUACACGCUGAAUGGACUGAGCGGAAUCCAAGUUUGCAUUGUUUGUUAUUCUUGAUGUUAGGCAGAGCAAGGCUGUAAUUGCUUGACAGAGAACUUUCAGCUUUCGGGCAACAGAGGAUGAGAUAAUGGCGCCUUCCAUGCAGGUCACUAAGCUGGAACUUGAGCUGUGCUACGAGGGUCGCAAACUUCGGGGCGUCACCUGCAAGCUCACGCGCGCCGCUCACGGCUUCCUCCCGGAGAGCUCCUGCGCCAUAGCCAGCCAGGUCCUGCUGCCCUACCUGGUGGCCGGGCUGGGCAUGGUGGCCGCCGGCUUGAUCGUGGAUGCUGUGCAACACUGGGAGGUUUUUAAGACCAUUACGGAGGUGUUUAUACUUGUGCCAGCCCUGGUGGGACUGAAAGGGAACCUGGAGAUGACCCUAGCCUCUCGGCUCUCAACAGCAGCAAACACUGGGCAGUUGGAUGACCCAAAACAGCAGUGGAGAAUGGUUUUUAGUAACCUAGCCCUCAUCCAGGUGCAGGCCACCGUAGUGGGCUUCCUGGCUGCCCUGUCUGCGGUGGGGCUGGGGGCCCUGUCCAGAGGAGGGGUGGAGCUGGACCAGGCUGCAGUGCUGUGUGCUAGCAGUGUUACCACUGCUUUUGUAGCGGCCCUGUCCCUGGGCCUGGUGAUGGUCGGGGUGAUCAUAGGCUCCAGAAGGGUGGGCAUCAACCCAGACAAUGUGGCCACGCCCAUUGCUGCCAGCCUGGGUGACCUCAUCACCCUGUCCCUGCUGGCGGGGGUCAGCAGCGUGCUUUUCAAGCGCAGGGAGGUGUGGUACCUGUCCCCUCUGGUCUGUGGUCUCUUCCUGAUGCUGAUUCCGCUCUGGGUGGUCAUCGCCCGGCGUAACACACAGAUUCGGGUGGUUCUGAGGUCUGGUUGGCAGCCUGUCAUAGUGGCCAUGUCCAUCAGCAGUUUUGGGGGCCUAAUCCUGGACAAGACUGUAAGCGACCCCAGCUUUGUGGGAAUGGCUGUCUUUACCCCUGUCAUCAACGGAGUUGGAGGAAACCUGGUGGCUAUACAGGCUAGCCGCAUAUCCACCUACCUGCAUUUCUGGAGUGUUCCAGGGGUUCUGCCCUACAAGAUGAGGCAGUACUGGCCCAACCCCUGCAUCACCUUCUUUUCCUCAGGUGUGAACUCCAGGUCGGCGCGGGUGCUGUUCCUCCUGGUGGUGCCAGGCCACCUGGUCUUCCUCUACACCAUCCACCUGCUGCAGGGCGGGCACACCUCCCUCACGCUGAGCUUCACCUGCUGCUACCUGUGUGCUGCCCUGCUCCAGGUGGGGAUCCUGCUGUACGUGGCUGACCUAAUUGUCCGUCUGAUGUGGAGGCGGGGCCUGGAUCCUGACAACUUCUCCAUCCCGUACCUGACGGCGCUGGGGGACCUGCUGGGCACCGGCUUCCUGGCUCUGUGCUUCCGCACGGCGAUGCUGGCGGAGGGGGCGGGGCUCUGAGGCCUGGGUGGGCCUACCUGGCUUCUCUCCUCUCGGACGCUGACCCUGCUGACCCUGACCCUGCCGACCCUUCCUCACGUGCGCUGCUUUCCACGCAUGAGUUUAUCUUUGCUUCCUGUGCCUCCAGCAGUGCCAUCUCAGACUAAACCGCGCCAAUGACCUUACAGACGAGGGGACACACGCAUGGCAUUCAUCUGCUCAUGGCUGCCACAUGCAGCGGGACACUAUUAAGAUGAAUGAAAAUAGGACAUUUACCUGCAGGACUGAGCAGCAUAGAAGCAGUCUAUACAGUAUUGCAGCACAACUUUGUAUACACUUGAAGGUAGUGUACACUAUAAUAAUUGGGGUGAACACAUGCCACCCUCUCUUCUUCAUGCAGGAUCUACCUGUACCAGAUGUAUUGUAUUAAAAGGCUAUGGCAAUAUUUUUCAGAAAUUAUGACAAAUUUUAUUCAUUUAUGUAUGCGUGUGUGUGUAUUAUCAUUUACAACAGUUUCUAAAUAUCCUUCUCAGUUUGUGAGUAUUUAAAGCACUUGGUUCUCGUCCCCCAUUUUGUGAUAACACCAAGAGAAGGCUCAGGACACUGCACAGGGGAAUGCAGGACUCUUGUAGUUACCACAAUACUAAACUCAGGAGCAACUUCAUAUCCUGUAUUUAUACCGAGACAAGAUUAUUAACUUGACAUGACUCAUUGAGCAAGCUUGUAUUUCUUAUGUACAAUGGUGGCAAUAUGGCACUUGUUUCAAUAAUAGCCACCAUGGUUCAGAAUAAAGAGGUCAGCUUGUCUACAUGGACAACUAUUCAGAUUUUAAAAACUGUAUAUAUAUUUUUUGUCCGAUAAAUGUUUCACUCUGUUCCACAGUGUUUGUUUUUUAUUUAUUUUUCGAUCCAUUCUAUGUCUAUUUGCAUCAAAAAAGGAUGCAUUUAAUGAGUGCCUGCUGACACUGCUAGGCUGGUUGCAUGAAAGUGAGCACAUUGUGUGUCUAAACUGUUUUGCAAUGUUAACCAUUAGGAACCUUAAACUCAUAAAAAUGUCCUGAUUCUUUAC